AUGUCUCUGCUGGCUACUGUACUGGUAUUCUGGGGUUUCAGACUGGACCCAGGAAAUACUCUAAUGCUUGAUUCUGGCAGUGAACUGGAACUAUGAGCAGAGCCUCAGUCCCUGCAGGAACCCUGGGCAAAUCAACUGCACAGACCAGCGUCAGACCCAAUUCUUUCCAGGGUUCAAGGGACACUACCAGCCCCAGUACUUACUGCAGAGCCAUCGAGUCGGAACCUUGAGCCUGGUUCAACGGUAAAGCUUCGAUGUACUGCACCCAAGACCGACCUGCGCUUUGGCCUGCAACGCCAGGGCAAACCGGAUUUAGUUGUGGUGCAAACGCUGAAUUCAUCUGGGACCGAAGCUGUCUUUGAGCUGCACAAUAUCUCAACAAUAGAUUCUGGCAACUAUAGUUGUAUCUACAUGGAACAGGCACCGCCCUUCUCGAGAUCUGCGUCCAGUGAGCCCUUGGAGCUGCAGGUGAAUGGGCCACCACCCAAACCAAGGCUGGAAGCUCUAUGGAAAGGCAAGGUGCGUCGGGGCCAUGAGGCUGGCUUUCGAUGCCAUGGCCACGUGCCCAAGGUCAGCAUGCGUCUGAUACGUGAUGGCUUUAAAAUACCCUUCUGGAUAACCUCAACAAGAAGCAUCUCGGCUUAUCUGAAGCUGCCCGCCGUUGGACCCCAACAUGUAGGCAACUACAGCUGCAGCUAUAGUGCCCAGUCGCCCUUCACGUUUGAAUCAGGGAUCAGCGAUCCUGUGGAGCUUAUGGUAGAUUAG